UCCCGCGAGACUACAAAUCCCGGCAGCCCGCGCGCGGCCUCUCCUAUUGGCUGGCGCAAACAGGAAGCGGUCCGCGAGGUGAAGGGUGAGAGGAGUCUGACAUGGAGGAGGUGAAAAAUGGACAUCCGCCAGAAGAAUUGCUUGAUCACUUAAAGCUUUCUGAUGAGAAGUCAGCAGAGAGCACCAGCUCAUGGGCAUCUGGCCCCAAAGAUGCCCAGAAUCCUCCAAACAUGGAAAGUGGCGAUAUACCAUCUUCAGCCAAAGAUCCCAUCACAGCAGAUGAGUGUUUCCAUGACUGUCGUGACUCCUUUGAGGUGAAAGAGCCUGUACUGGAUGAUGAGGGAAAUUCACAGAAUGAUGAGAAUAACACAAGGAAGCAGGCAGAACUGGAUGAGGAGUACUUAAUAGAACUGGAAAAAGAUAUGCCAGAGGAAGAAAAACAGAAAAGAAGAAAGGAAAGCACAACGCUAAAGGAGAAAGGAAAUGAACAGUUCAAGAAAGGAGAGUACGGAGAGGCAGAAGACUCUUACACAAAGGCUCUGCAAAUUUGUCCAGCCUGCUUCCAAAAAGAUAGGGCUGUUUUGUUUUCAAACAGAGCUGCUGCAAAAAUGAAACAGGACAAGACAGAAGCUGCCCUAAAUGACUGCAGCAAAGCAGUGGAAUUAGAUCCUAACUAUAUUAGAGCUUUGCUGAGAAGAGCAGAACUAUAUGAAAAAACAGAAAAACUAGAUGAAGCUCUGGAAGAUUAUAAAGCAAUCCUAGAAAAAGACCCAUCAGUUCAUCAAGCCAGAGAAGCUUGUAUGCGAUUACCUAGACAAAUUGAAGAGCGGAAUGAAAAAUUAAAGAAAGAAAUGUUAGGCAAACUGAAAGAUCUUGGGAAUUUGGUUCUCCGCCCCUUUGGCCUGUCAACAGAAAAUUUCCAGAUAAAACAGGAUUCAUCAACUGGCUCAUAUUCCAUCAAUUUUGUUCAAAAUCCAAACAACAAUAGAUAACAUGAAUUCAGCUUAGUUCUGCUGGCUUUCAGGCUUCGUGACCAUGUGCUUGCAUGUACCAACACAAGGAUUCAGCAAACAUUCUUCACUCUGUCCAAGUGAAGAUAGACUCAAGCACAUUCAUUUCCCUGCUUAUAAAUUAUUUACAAUGUGGAUGUAAAGAAAGUCAUUUGACUUCUUUUAGUGAUAACUCUGUCCUGUGUGUGAUUCUCCACUUGCAGUAUUUGGCUUGUCCACCAGUCAGGUACAUUAUUUGGGCCCAUUCAAUGCUGGCAAGAAAAUUCUAGCAAACAGUUCAGUUGAAUCGAAAUGCCCGUGCACCUGUGGCCAAGAACAAAGCCAGAUGGUGUCUUGGGGAAUCAAUGAAUCUAGCAGAAGCACUUCUCCACAUUCGGGAGGUGGAUGUGACUGACAGCAUGCAUGGAAGCAAGCCGACCUCCUCUGUGGAAUAAUUUUUCUUGGUAAUAAAGGCUUAGUAUUUCUGUUGGAUUGAA